GCAUCCGAGACCUUAGGCAGCGCAGCUACCACCUCGCGCCGAAGGAGGGCCAGUCUCUCGACAUGCAGGUUCACGUGGUGGGCGUGAAGAAGCCCCACCUGAGCGUGAGCGACAUGAAAGACCAAGGGCUGGGUGUCCAUUGUUGGGCGGAUCGUGCCACGGCUGCCUACGCGGAGCUGCCAAGUGUACACGGGGGGCCACUGGCAGGCCCAGCUAUAAUACCGACCCCGCAGGAGAAGCUGCUGAGGGGCAUAAUAAUUUCGGCGCCAUUCGAGCAGGACCAACCUGGCCAUCUGGUAGUCCAUGAGAGUCCCCUGAAUGGUGAGUCGGACGUCGAGCGAGCACGGGUUCGAGCGCAACCGAGCCCAGUGCAGCCGACUCCAGAGGAGGUGGCGGAGCACGACGCGUGCAAUCUACCUCGCAGUGCGUGGCACAGACAUUUCAUGGCUGGCAGCGGCAAAGCGGAUCAACGUCGGCAGCAGGAGUUUGCGCACGCGGCGGCGACCAUCCAUGCGGAUUGUGGUUUCUCAGGCAAGAAGGUGGAUGUGGAGACCUCCGAGAGGGAGACG